ACUCAACUUUUUGGGUUUGGCCGCACAAUCGCUGCUGAGACUUUGGGAGACGACGCCGACACAAGUUCUCUCUCUCUCUCUCUCUCUCUCGUUCAGACUCCGGUGAAAUCGACAACCGUUGAAGCCUUCACCCUGCUGCCAUCGACCAUCGCUGCCGCCUGCCGCCGUAGACUGUCGUCAUCAUCUCCGACGACCUGACUUCAUCUCCGGCUAUCAAUUGUACAUGGUUAAAAUUUCAUUAGCGACUUACUUACUAUGCUAAAAUGUGUUAGCCAAACACCCUUAAAUGUUUCUACAUUCAACUGUUAGGGUUUAUCGAAAAGAUACAUAUAGCAAACAAGACAAUCCAUGCCUUGUUCACUUACUGCUUUCAAGAUUCAAAAGUAACAAUCUAGUUUCCAACUAUUUCAUUGUGCUCAUUAGGAUCCAGUCCACCAUAGUUACAUAAAACUAUAGAGACAUGGGCAAGAAAGGAUCCUCCACUGCAAUUUCUGGACCUCAAAUGUCAGUCACAAUCAGAGAAGCUUCAACAGGGAAGAAACAAACAAAUGCUAAAUCUUCAUUAAAACUACAACAUAUAAAGAAUCUUGCAAUGUGGGCCACUCAUGAUGCAUCCAUACCUUCAUUGGGUGCCUUUUUUAGUCACCAUUUUGCUGCUUCUUCUGAGGCUUUGGCAACACCAGUUGAUCCAUCCUUGUUUAUUUGUCAAAGAUGUGAAACUAUACUUCAUCCUGGCUACAAUUGUACAAUCCGAAUUGAAAAAAACAAGCAAAAAGCUCGACACAAAGGCAAGAAAGCUUCUCAUUAUCCUCAAAACAACAUUGUCUACACUUGUCAUUUUUGUAUGCACAAAAAUAUGAAAAGAGGCACUCCAAGAAACACAAAUCCACCAAAACCCAAACCAAACACUAUACUAGAUCCACUGGGGUCUACUGACAAGGGUAAAAUGGGUAUUUUAGUAAAAAACGACUCUGAUCCAGCAAUUCCAACAUUGACAUUGUUGGAGUCCAAGAAGAAGAGGAAUAGGUCAGGGGAUAAGAAGAAAGUGGCAAAUGAUCAAAAUGCAGAAAAAUCAGUGAAUGCAUCUACUAAUAGAAAAAGAAGAAAAUCUUGGACUAGUUUGAAGGAGAUUGCUGAAAAUAAUGACAAUGAUAAUCGCCUGAAGUUGAUGAACAUAACAAUCCCAUUUUCAAUGGAGUAAAGAUUUUAUUUAUUUAUUUUUUAUGUUUAAUUGAUAAUGAUGUUUCGAAUUAUUAUUUGGUCCAUGAGUUUGUUAACUGGGCAUACAAUUAAAAAAUAAAUGAUCUAAAGAGCAAAUUAUGUCUUAUGACAUUAACCUUU